AUGUUGUUCUCUUCCGGGUCCCAGUGCGACCCUCUCCACAGCAAGGGCGACCCCUGCGCCGGCGUCGGCAUCCUCGGCAUCGCCUGGGCCUUCGGCGGCAUGAUCUUCGUCCUCGUCUACUGCACCGCCGGCAUCUCCAGUGGCCACAUUAACCCGGCGGUGACGUUCGGGCUGUUUCUGGCGAGGAAGGUGUCGCUGAUACGGGCGGUGAUGUACAUGGUGGCACAAUGCUUGGGGGCAAUUUGCGGUGUGGGGUUGGUGAAGGCGUUUCAGAAGUCUUACUACACAAGGUACGGCGGCGGGGCAAAUUCUCUUAACGAUGGCUACAGCGCCGGCACCGGAUUGGGCGCGGAGAUCAUCGGAACUUUCGUGCUGGUUUACACCGUCUUCUCCGCCACCGACCCCAAGUUGCAAUCGCUCACCACUGUCGCUCUAUUCAAAUCUAAAACCAAGGCUGCUCCUACGAAGGCUCCUCCACCAAAGCCCAAAGUUGAGGACAAUAUCUUUGGAACAUCGAGAGGGAUUGGUUUCACCAAGCAAAAUGAGCUCUUCGUGGGGCGUGUCGCCAUGAUUGGCUUCGCUCCCCUUCCAAUUUUAUAUAUGGCUGGUGCAGGCAUCUUUGCUGGGGGAGCUCUAAUAGGGAAGGGAAUUCUAUCCCAAUUGAAUCUGGAAACUGGAAUCCCAAUCUACGAAGCCGAGCCGCUCCUCCUCUUCUUCAUCCUCUUCACUUUGUUGGGCGCCAUCGGAGCGUUGGGUGACAGAGGACGCUUCGUUGACGACGAAGAGCCCACGGGACUCGACAAGGCCGUCAUCGCCCCCGGCAAAGGCCUCAGGGGCGCUUUGGGCCUCCGUGAAGGAGGGAUUCUGUUCGGAUUCACAAAGUCAAACGAGCUGUUCGUGGGGAGAUUGGCGCAGCUGGGGAUUGCCUUCUCGCUGAUUGGGGAAGUGAUAACAGGGAAGGGAGCACUGGCGCAGCUCAACAUUGAAACCGGGAUUCCCGUCAACGAGAUCGAGCCGUUGGUGUUGUUCAAUGUCCUGUUCUUCUUCAUUACUGCAUUGAACCCUGGCACUGGCAAGUUCGUCACCGAUGAAGGCGAAGAUUAG